AUGCAGCCUUCACUUUUGGUCUGCAGCACCACUGGACAUUUCCUAAAAACAUUACUGGAUAUUGCAGAAUUACUUGAGCCACUCAAGGGUGCGAUUAAUGAGGUUCUCAUACCAGCUGUCACUGACCAUACAGUCACUAAAGCAGAGCACGACCUCUUUUGUCUCCCUGUGUGCAUCGGAGGCCUUGGAUUUACAGAUCCUGUAGUGACCUCAUCUUCUGAAUACGAGGCUUCAAUCAAAGUUACUAAUCCACUCGUGAGGCAAAUUGUUGAGCAAGAGGACCAGCCUCCAGAUGCCUCAGAAAUUCAAACACUGCAACUGAGCACACGAAAACAAAAAGAUGACUAA